CGACAGGUCAGUCGACGGGUCAGCCUCCAGGAGGCACGAUCGCAUUGAUCCACGCGACACGAGCGUGUCCGCGCUCUUCCGCGCUCUUUAGAGGUGACUGAAACUUAACGUCUCUGCCUCGCAGGACCGCUCCUCCUUCACCUUGACCUGGCUGGUCACUGCUGGGCGUUUCACCUGGUUCGAUACUGCACGCCGCAACGAGGCUGAUCCCCGUGAACUUCUGCAAUUACACGGUUCUCCUUUGCGUUGUCUCUUACUCUUUUCUUUCUCCCUUCCUGUCUCGAGGAAACGAGAGACAAGAUCACAGGACUUAUGAUCGAGAUCCCUGAUCCGCGCGGCAUCCGCGAACAUGAAUGAAGACACGCUCUCGGUGGACGGAGUGACCGAUAUCGUUGGCGACACGCGGACCAGUGCGAUCAUUGAGAAUUAGGCGGGAAAGGGGGCACCCGAUCCUGGUUUUACGAUCGCGGCUCAAGAUCACGGAGGAGAGCAAGAAUGUCACUCGUCGUUAUCCUGAAGAACAUUCAGGGUCUCAAGUGCAAGGGCGAGAAGGUCGCGAGAAUCGACUUUCGAGAAGUAUCGCAUUAUUCGACGAUUCUCGAGGAUAAUGGGGACGUUAUCGAGGUGGAACAGAGCUUCACGUGGAAUUUGGGAAGACCGGUGGACGAGGCGGAAGUACUACAGUUGGCAGUGGUAUCGCGUGGAGUCCUCAGAAACGAAAAAAUUGCAGCAAGGUAUGGACUGGUGUUGCAGACGGUGGUCCGUGAAGGCAGGAUCCUGAUCUCGGACUCUCUGGUCGACCUCAAUAACAAACCACUUCCGGCGGUGGUGUGCUUCGAGAUCCGAUACAACCCCCCAGAUGGAAGUUGCAGUUCAUACGCCGCUUCGGAAUUAACGGAAGACGAGCACAAAAUGUUAAUCGACAUCGAGCAGAACAUCGCGAACCUUGAGAGGAGCCUUGAACAGGCCAACAGUAGCAAUGGGAAGAGAAGAGGCUCUUGGCACACCCCCGAGAAAACAUCGAAAAGGGGCUUUCUACCAAGGGGCACAUCGUUGUCGACCAGCGAUAAAUCACCCGAAACUCGAAAGCGAAGCACAACACUGAAGAGUAUGAGAUCCUUGCUGAAAUUGGGAAAACAGAGACCGCCACGUGCCCGAUCCUGCGACAGCAACUCGGAAACGAGAGAACUCCUUGACAGACGAGAUUCUAGCUGCCCAACUUCGAACGAGCCUUCACGAACCAACUCCAUGACAUCUCUCGAAACAAAUGCGUCCGAUAAUGACAGCCAACCGAGUGCCAAUACCGAGCGAGUGGAGACUGUUCUAAAACCGGCCAAGAGAGCAAAAUCCAAGACGAGCGAUACCGGGCAAAGUGCGUUAAAAGCUCAGGAUUACCAAGUGUGUGUUACGAUCAUCGAAGCGAGGCAGCUCGCCGGUCUCAAUAUGGAUCCGGUGGUUUGCGUGCAGGUCGGAGAUCAGCGCAAGUACACGAGCGUCAAGGAAUCCACAAAUUGCCCGUACUACAACGAGUAUUUCGUCUUUGAUUUUCAUAUGCCGCCUGUGAUGCUCUUCGAUAAGAUCAUUACGCUAUCGGUGCAGCAAUCGCGGAAUCUCUUGCGCGCUAAUCUAACGCUGGGCAUCUUUAAAUUAGACAUCGCGACUGUAUGGGCACAACCAGACCACCAGUUUUACCACAAAUGGGCUUUGCUCACCGAUCCGGACGACAUUGUCGGCGGGCCGAAAGGCUAUCUGAAAUGCGACAUAAGUGUCAUCGGAAAGGGCGAUACUGUGAAGAUCCCUCCGAAAAGCGAGAAGGACGAGGACGACAUCGAGGGCAAUCUCUUGUUGCCGGAUGGCGUACCGAUCGAGAGGCAACGCGCGAGAUUCGUGGUGAAGGUCUACCGAGCAGAUGGUCUACCAAAAAUGAACAGCAGCAUCAUGGCGAACGUGAAGAAGGCUUUUACGGGGGAAGUGAAGGACCUGGUGGACCCAUACGUUCAAGUGUCCUUCGCAGGGCUCAGCGGAAAAACCAGUGUGAAGAGGCACAGCUACGCUCCGGUGUGGAAUGAGCAGAUAGUCUUCACCGAGAUGUUCCCGCCGCUUUGCCAGAGGAUAAAGAUACAGUUGUGCGACAACGAUCCGGUGCAUGCCACUGUCAUCGGCACGCACUUCGUCGAUCUGAAGCAAAUCAGCAACGAUGGUGAGAAAGGUUUCUUGCCGACUUUCGGUCCGGCGUUCAUCCACUUGUACGGCAGCAUCAGAGAUUACAGCCUCAUCGACGAGCACUCGACAUUGAACACUGGCUUGGGCGAAGGAAUUUCCUAUAGAGCAAGAUUACUGAUAGCAAUACGAACAGAGAUUACCGAUAACGUGGAAAUGGCACCGUCGGAAGUCGAGGUGGAGCCAACAGUACCGGUGAACGAAACCGCCUACGCCAGAAACGAGGAAUUCUUUCUGUUCUCCACUAUAAUGGACGCCACGAUGAUUGAUAAAAAACUCGGCGACAAGCCGAUGUACUUCGAAAUAUCGAUCGGGAACGCGGGCAACGCUCUUGAUGGUCACAACGAGAGUUUCAAGAUGUAUGAUACGGGAUCGAAGAGUGGGACGAGCGGGGAGGAGGACGACCUGCUAGAAGUAAUCGCUGGAUCUUGGCAAAGUACUACGCCGUCUAAUAAACCGAUGACGCACGAUAAAAUUUAUUAUUUCCUACCGUAUUGGGACGACAAGCCGUGUCUUCACGUGAGAAGCAUAUGGCCGGAUUAUAGACGUAGAAUGUACAACAGCAAUAUCAUCGGCAAGAUUGUUGAUAAACUGGAAGAAGGAUUGUCAGAGGUGCAAGCGCACUUGGAGGACUCGACGUACGAGAAACUCUUAAAGACCAGCCUCGAAGAGCUGAGCGCCAAUUGUAACCGGUACGUCAGUAUUAGCAAGUCUAGUGUAACCGGUCCAGGCGUCGGGAAGACGAAACUGGACAAAGAGCGAACGAAGUUGUGUCAGCGAGAGCUGGAAAAUAUCGGGAUCAUGUCGCGCAAUCUCAAGGCACUCGUGACCAAGAGUAGCUUCAAGGAGAGAUUGAAGACGGCUCAGAGCUACCUGCAGAAAUUAAAGUUCCUCGUCGAGGAUCCGCAGGAUUCCCUGCCGGACGUGUUCAUCUGGGUGAUCAGCUCCGGGAGGCGAGUGGCGUACCAGAGGAUACCAGGCCGCGAACUAAUCUACUCGGUGGUGGAUGAGGAAUGCGGUCGACAUUGCGGCAAAGUGCAAACUAUGUUUCUCAAGCUUCCAGGCAAGAAGAAAUUUGGACCUUCGGGAUGGGCGAUUCAGACAAAAUUGCAAAUUUAUAUGUGGUUGGGGAUUCUGAAGCACAAAAAAUACUUCAUCCAAGGUUUGCCAAAGGGCUAUGAGAUCAGCCACGAGCUGAAAAAUGUGGACAGACCUCGUGCAUUACCGCCUAUCGUCAUUCACUAUGUUCAGAAACACAAAUUUCAAUUGAGGGCCCACAUGUACCAAGCGAGAUCAUUGAUUGGCAGCGAUGCGUCUGGUCUCUCUGAUCCGUUCGCAAGAGUGAUUUGCGGUGAAUUUUGCAAGUGCACGCAAGUGAUCGACGAGACUCUCAGCCCAACGUGGGACGAGCUGCUGUUGUUCGAUGAUAUCUUAAUCUAUGGUACCGCCGAGGAAAUCAAGAAGGAUCCACCGUCCAUCGUCAUCGAGCUGUUCGAUCAGGACAAAGUGAGUCGUAUUGUAGCUAUGGACAUAACACUGCAUGAGGGCUCUGCUUUAACAGGAAAAUCAGAGUACAUCGGCCGAGCGAUCGCGCGACCUCACGUCAAGCUCGCCUCCGAGUCUUACACUCCCCCACAAUAUCCGCCAUCCUUGGAGUGGUACGAUGUCACCAGAGGGGCCUCGAGGGCCGGCGAGCUUCUGGCGGUCUUCGAAUUACUGGAAUACCCGUCUACCAAAGAUUAUGGCUUCCCUACUUUGCCGGAUCCCAAGGAUUUCAGCUCCGGGUCUCAGGUUCCGGGUUCCGGUCAGGAUCAAGGCCCAAUUCUUCCGGUGCCCGUCGGGAUUCGGCCCACCCUAGCGAAAUAUCGAAUCGAGGUGCUCUUCUGGGGUUUGCGAGAUCUGAAGAGAAUCCACCUUCUGACCGUCGACAAACCCCGCGUGGACGUGGAAUGUGCCGGCCACAUUCUCUACUCGUCCGUCAUAGCGAACGCGAAGAAAAAUCCGAACUUCAAUACGCCGAUCAAAUUUCUGGAAUUGGAGCUGCCCGAGCAAGAGCUUUAUCGACCGCCGUUGACCAUAAGGACGGUGGACUGCCGAAGUUUUGGCCGAUAUACCCUCGUCGGUACCCACACAAUCAACUCGAUUCACAAGUACAUGUACUAUCCUUUAACCAAAAGAGCAAAGGACGCUCAGGAAAGGAAGAAAAGCUUGUAUCAGCUACAGUGCAUGGCACUCGAUUCAUCUAAAUCAAGAUAUCAAACUUCAUUGCCUGACUCAUUGACUGACUUGGAAUCUAACAACGGUGACACCAUCAUCACUCUUGGCUUCGAGCUGGGAUGUGGUCCUACGAAGAAGGAUAAAACAGAACAAAAUCUACGCAGGAAGCAGAGUUUGUCUAAUGACAACAGCGUAGGCGAUCUGGGCGCGUUGGAAGACGGGGACGGCUGUCAGGACUGGUGGACGAAGUAUUUCGCGUCCAUAGAGGCGAUGAUCGAGGAGAACAGAGAGCUACGCAAGGAGAAGUCCAUAUUGCAGAACCAACCGAACGGCACACUACCGAUGUUCCUGGAUGAAACUACGCAGGGUCAGUUAGCUGUCGCGAGCGAGAAAAGUCCGGGAAUUAAUCCCACGAAGAAGCUGUUCGGCCUGAAAUCGCCGGCGAACGCGGCAAAAUUCGUCUCGAGACUGAGUCCGAAACAGACUCAGGGCAAGUCGAAGAAGACCGCCUUACUGAAGAUCUAUGCUGGAGAACUGGAAGCGCAACCCGAGUUCGAGCAGUUCAAGGAGUGGUUGCACACUUUCGAGCUGUAUCGGGGUAAGAAGACCGGCGACGAGACCGAGGACGAGUCUAGGAUUGUCGGAAGUUUCAAGGGCGCACUGAAGGUCUAUAAAUGGCCGCUGCCCAAGGAUCUGGUGGAUUACACGGUGAUGGGCUUCGAUCCGCAGUAUGGAUUCUUUCAGGGUGUCCCGUCCAAUGAUCCCAUCCACGUCCUAGUGCGAGUAUACAUCGUCAAAGCUAACGAUCUUCAUCCAUGCGACUUGAACGGAAAAGCGGAUCCUUACGUGGUUUUGCAACUGGGAGGCAAGAGAAUCAGCGAUAAAGAGAAUUACGUGUCGAAGCAGCUGAAUCCUGUUUUUGGCAAAUGCUUCGAGAUAGAGGCGACAUUUCCGCAAGACUCUUUGCUCACGGUGCAGGUCCUAGAUUGGGAUUUGGUCGGUGCGGACGAUAUGAUCGGUGAAACUAAAAUCGAUCUGGAAAAUCGUUUCUACAGCAGACACCGUGCUACGUGCGGGCUCGCGAGAAAAUACGACGAAUCUGGAUAUAAUAAAUGGAGAGACGCGAUGAAACCGACCCAGAUACUGUCGAAAUUGUGUAAAGAUGGCAAAAUGGAUGGACCGGUGUAUUCUCACGGACGCGUUACUAUCGGCAGAAAAACAUUUUCUCUCUCGAACGAAGAGAUGGAAUUUUAUGUGCACACGAAGGGGAUGGAAGAACAUCUCGCUCUAGCGGUUCUCCAUCAGUGGAACGCUUUUCCGCGAAUAGGUUGCGCUUUAGUACCCGAGCACGUGGAAACCCGACCGCUCUACAACCCUGAGAAGCCCGGAAUCGAGCAAGGAAAAUUGGAGAUGUGGGUAGAUAUGUUUCCGAUGGACAUGCCUUCACCCGGACCGUCCAUUGACAUCUCCCCCAGGAAACCCAAAAGUUAUGAGUUGAGAAUUAUCAUAUGGAAUACAGAUGAUGUCGUCCUAGAAGAUGACGCCUUUUUCACCGGCGAGAAAAUGAGCGAUAUUUAUGUAAAGGGGUGGCUGAAAGGAUCAGAAGACUGUCAAUCCACCGAUAUCCAUUACCGCUCGUUAACGGGUGAAGGGAACUUCAAUUGGCGCUUCAUAUUCCCAUUCGAUUAUCUGGUGGCAGAAGAGAAGAUCGUUAUCAACCGUAAGGAGAGUCUAUUCAGCUGGGACGAGACCGAGUGUAAAAUACCGGCGCGUCUGGAAUUACAGGUAUGGGAUGCAGACCAUUUCUCUGCGGAUGACUUUCUCGGCGCAAUAACUCUCGAUCUCAAUCGAUUUCCUCGAGGAGCGAAAAAUAGCAAGCUGUGUUCGUUGAGCAUGCUAAAGACAGACGGCUCUGUGCCAAUGGUGAAUAUCUUCAAGCAGAAGCGUAUAAAAGGCUGGUGGCCAUUCUACGUGAAAAAAGAGAACGAAGAUAUGGAACUGACGGGCAAAGUCGAAGCUGAGAUACAUCUGCUCACGAAAGAGGAGGCUGAGAAAAAUCCUACUGGGUUUGGUAGGAGUGAACCGGACCCACUGGACAAACCGAAUCGGCCAGAUGCAUCCUUUAUGUGGUUCCUCAAUCCGCUCAAGUCCAUCAAAUACAUAGUUUGGCACAAUUAUAAGUGGGCUAUCUUAAAGGCGAUAAUCGCAAUCGGUUUGAUCAUACUUUUCCUCUUGUUUUUCUACGCGAUACCAGGUUAUUCCGUGAAAAAAAUCUUGGGAGCUUAAAUACCAUGUUUUGUGAUGCAUAACUGUUGCUUUUGAAAUCUAGAGAACAAUCUGAUGAUUAAAAAAUGUGAUAGUAUCACUGUUACAUUAAAUCGACAUAAAUUAACAUUUUAUUUGAUUAAUUUCUUUAAUUUUUUUUGAUGACAUUGGCGUAUGAAGAUUAAUUUUAUAUAGUUAUAAAACAAAUAUGGAUUUGUAAAAUGGAUCUCAGUAGAAAUGUACAUGUAAUGUUUCUCAGCAGCAUAUAAAAAUUACUGAAAUACUUGAAUAACUGAAAAUUACCUUUCAUAAAAUGUCAAACUGAAUAUUUUUUGAGGAAAACUGUUUAUCUUGCACUUCUAUUUUGUACUAUAGAUAGAAUUGUUAGAAGAGUAGAGAGUAUUAUUGCAUACAGAUUGUCGUAGAUAGUUUCAAUAAAAUAUUUUGUUCUUGUCCCGACAGUACAGCUUACAGUUAAAGAAAAGACUUUUAUUUGAACAGUUUAUAAUGGACCAACAUAACACCAGAAUAGUUGCAAACUAGAAUUGCAUUGUAAAUAAUUUGUGCACGUGGCAAUUUUAAAAAAGUAUGAAGAAACGGAAUAUACUAGCGGGAAGAUAGCGGCUUGUAUAAAACGCGAUCUAUUUUUACUCAUAACGUUCUGUCACAGAGACAAUUUCGUGUUUCGCUGGCGAAAACACAGAAGCCUCAACUAUUGUCCAUCGAAUUAUUGUCAUUUAUUGCUCAUUGUACAUUAUAAAAGAAAUAUAUGUAUGUAAAGGAGGCUAAAUAAAAGAUUUAAGGGAAUAUAA